AUGAACCAGGUCCUGUUGAUCGGAGAUCUGGUCUUCACACUGAUCUUCGCAAUAGAUGUCACCGUGCGCAUCAUCGUGCUUCGCUGUCGCUUCUGGCGAACAUUCAUGAAUUGGAUUGAUGCUUUUGUGGUCGUUACCUCCUCGAUCCAGUGGUUCUUCCCAAGUUUGUCGAUUAACCCGAUCUAUCUGCGGCUGCUGCGACUCGGAAAGAUGGCGAGGGCCUUGCGCAUGGUCACCAUGUCGAAAUCCAUGGACUCCUUGCAGCUUCUCCUGAAGUGCUGCGCAUCCUCAGUGGACAUGCUUUUUUGGUCGUUCUGCCUGCUCACAUUCAUCCAAUGCAUUGCGGGCAUGAUCGUCGGCGCUUUGGUGCGCGAAUUCGUCACGGAUGACUCGAAGCUUAUGGAAGAUCGUCAAAGGGUUUGGGACUAUUACGAGACAUUCAGUCGGACGUUCCUGACGAUGUUUGAAAUAUUAUUCGCCAAUUGGGGGCCGCCUUGUAGAGCCCUCGUCGACCACGUGGACGAGGCGUUCUCCAUCUUCUUCCUGGUCUACCGGUGUAUGAUAGGGUUUGCUGUGUUGAAUGUCGUGAAUGCAGUCUUCGUUCAGCAAACCAUGCUGCUGGCGAGCAAUGAUGAAGACUUGGCCUUCAAGCAGAAGCAGAAAGACUGGGCCUGGUACUCGAAGAAGGUGAAAAGGCUGUUUAACGCGAUCGAUACCUCUGGAGACGGCUCGAUCACGCUGGAUGAGUUUUCCCAACUAGUCCAGAGUCCAAAGCUGAAAUUUUGGAUGAGCCAGCUCGAGUUAGAGUACCACGACCUUCUGGGUCUCUUCGAGAUGUUAGAUGAUGGGGAUGGAGAAAUAUCAAUUGACGAGUUCCUCGAGAAUGCCAGAAGAUUGAAAGGGCCUGCCAAGGCUAUCGACAUGUUCCGCAUGGAAACGAAAGUCGAGCUCUUAUUGGCACAGGUGCUGGCAAAUACCUCGCCCAAGGCCGCGCGCGCCAAUACCAAGAAUUUCGAGUCCUUGUUCAGGGCUGCCGGCAUCUCAAGGGAGAGCCCCGGCUUCGGGAAGGUGUUUGCCGUGGCGGAGGCUUCGUCAUCUGAGCAAAAUCCGUCCAUGUUUCAAGAGGCCCCGAGCCACGCCUACACGGUCAAGGACCAAAGCCCCGCAGAGGAAAGCCACGAGGAAGGAGAGCUUGAGUCGCACAAGCGAGGUGAUCAGCACCGAGAUUCUGGCAAGAUCUCUCGGUUCUAUUCCUUCAAGGACGAGGCUCGGUCGCAGGAGAAGCAGCGCCGGCUCUCGGCUUGGAACAGCAUCGAGUCGGUCAAAGAUCCGGAUGAGGUAUCCCGGUUGUCAGAGCCUCCAAGUGGCAGAGAGAACGACCCCGAAGAUCCGCUCGCCGCCCUCGGGGAGACCGAGGAUCUGGCACAGGAGGUUUGA